UCAUUUACAAGUAAAAUUUCAUUUUCUUGAUUAUCGUCCCCAUUGAAUACAAGUAUAGAGAUGACGAACGUACAGUGUUCAAGCUCAAAGGUUGCGUUUUAACAACAGAAAUCGGGAGCAAACAUGGACCUUCAAAAACAUCAGAGUGCAAAAGGAUCAGGUGUCAUGGAGGAUUGAGCGUCCCUCGCCGAUUAGUCACACCCGUUGUGUGUUCUUUAAUUUGUCAUGAUCAGGAAAAAAGAGGAAAUUCGUAAAGAAUGAAAUGGAUGAACAAUUAAUAUGAAAACACGUCAGUCAGCGUGUGACUUGAUGAUUUGUUGUUUUUGCUGACAAGGUCAUUGUACGUACAUCGACCAUAAUCUGUUGAUAUCUUGUUUCAUCAACUUGGUUAUCGAUAGCUUGCUUCGUUUUAGAAAUCGGUCAUACGCACAGCACUAGUACAUGAAUAUUAAGAAUGAAAUUAUGUCCUAAAAUGGUUGCUAGACAACUGGUGUAUUAGAUGACUUAGUUUUUGUUGUUGUUGUUGUUGCUUUUGUUAUGCAAAGGGCCUUUACAGUUGAUGCAAGGUUAAAUAGUUGUUCAAAACAAUCCUUGUAUAUAUUCACUGUAGACUAAUUUAGUUAUAUCAAAUUUCUACCAUAUAUCUCCAUAUCAACUACAGUGACCCUUUCUCACCGGAGUCUGCCAGGUAUCUUCGAGACCAAAAGAGAAAAGCCGCAGCUAUCUCUCUUGUGAAGGAUUCAUCCAUGAACGUUAAUGAAAAUGCUUUCUCAACAGCACCAAGCACCGGCUCCUGUUCCUCUACUAAUGAUCAUAAUUUUAAGACUGAGAAGACUUGCGAAAAACCUGUGGAUAGUCCUCCUAUCUUGAAAAUUUCCAGGGGAAAAUAUUUUAAGAACAAUCGAGUGGAUGAUGAACUUUCUGACAUAGAGACCGACUGCGCAACAAACUCUUUGACAAAUAAUGCAGUUGAUCAGUGGUUUUGGAAAGAUGAAAAUGGAACUUGGACUCCAUAUGCAAGAAAAAUGAACGAUAAAAUUAACAGAAGUUACAAACGAAAUCCUGGUUCCACUGUCGUUGUGACAAUAAAGGACCAAACAUACAGGGUAGUCAUGGCAAAACAUGUACAUAUAAAUUUGACAACGAGGGAGGAGACUCAAAUUAAAUUUGUAAAAUGUGAUUUAUAAAAUUAUA